UCUGAAAAACACAGACAUAACAGCAGGAGUGAUCUAAACCUACUACACGCCGGUAUAUCGCCGAAAGCACUGUUGAGCAGACACAGAUUCGCGUUAGGGUAAUUUUAAAGUGGAUUUUUGUAAUCAGCCAUGGAAGAACUCACGGCGUUCGUGUCGAAAUCCUUCGAUCAGAAAACCAAGGAGAGCACCAAGGAGAGCAUCACGUACAGGGAAGUUUUGGAGAGUGGUUUAGCCCGAGCCAGAGAGCUGGGAAACUCGGAGUCCAGCCUUCAGGAGAUUACUGAAACCAACAACAACCAUUGUGCGGUACACCUUUACAAGGAGCACGCAGAGCUGGAAAAGGAGAAAUUGAAGGAGUUUAACGUGACAAGGGCUACUGACGGUAUUUAUGACUGCAAAGACAAGAAGGAGGACGUGAAAUCAGAGGACGAGGACGCACAGAGUAAACUGAAGCAGAGACGGAGCAGAACAAAUUUUACCUUAGAGCAGCUGAAUGAACUCGAGCGGUUAUUUGACGAGACGCAUUACCCAGACGCUUUCAUGCGGGAGGAGUUGAGUCAGAGACUGGGCUUGUCUGAGGCCCGUGUGCAGGUAUGGUUUCAGAACAGAAGGGCGAAAUGCCGAAAACAGGAAAAUCAAAUGCACAAAGGCGUUAUUUUGGGCACCGCGAGUCAUCUGGACGCAUGCAGGGUCGCUCCUUACGUGAACAUGGGCGCACUCAGAAUGCCAUUUCAACAGGUCCAAGCACAGUUACAGUUGGAGGGGGUCGGAGCGCACUCUCAUCCUCACCUGCACCCACACCUCGCAGCCCACGCUCCCUAUCUGAUGUUCCCGCCCCCACCCUUUGGAUUACCAAUCGCGUCGCUGGCAGACUCAGCCUCCGCGGCCGCCGCCGUUGUAGCGGCUGCCAAGAGCAAUAGCAAGAACUCCAGCAUCGCUGACCUGCGACUCAAGGCAGGACUUCUUGGAGGCCACUGGCUCAGCCCUUUCCAGGCACAGAUCACAGCCCCAGGACCAUACAAAAAUGUCUGGAUGUCUGUCUGAAAACCAGCGUUUAGGAGAGAAGACUUUUGUAAAAAAAAGCAAAGGCAGACACAAAGUGAGGCUAGAGGUCGAACAAGUGCGUUUUAUGGACAGACACUGAGACUUUGGAAGUUCAACCUCAGAGCAAAGAAAAAGACGGCCAUAUUUGCCUCCUCCUACCACUGUGCCACUGCCUAGUGCACAUGUUCAAUUGAAGAUAGACCUAUUGGGGCUGGCCUCCAUUGUAACUGACAUACAUCUAUGUUGAUCACUGCCAUGAUAACCCACCACUACAAUUCAUAUCUAAAGCCGUCGUUUGCUUUUUUGACUUUUCCGUUCUGCUGUGGACAAAGACUGGAAACAGCAAUAACAUCAAUGGUACAAUCGCCUGGUUUUUAGUGGAAUUCUUAUGAUUAUUUCUUGUUUUGGGAGGAAAUUUUGCAUUGCUGUUAUUUCCUCUGGGCAUGUGUAUGGACUUUAGCUUUCAUUCCCAUAUUUUGUGCUCUAUAUGUGAUGUGUCCGGGAUUAGAAGUGAACCUAGCUUUUGCACUUCAGGUCUUGUAUUAAGGAAGGUGUUUACCAUCCUUAAUGCGAGAUGUACUACUUUUAGAAACUAUUGAAAUAAUUCGGCUCAACGAAAUGACUUUUUUUCAAAAGGAUGAACAGUAACUGCAAUUUUGUAAUUUAAAAAUGUAAGAAGCAUCAGUUAAACUGAAAUGCAAUUAUGUGCAGUUAAGUGCAAUACUGUAAAUAUGGAAAACUUAAUAUAGCGGUUGAUGUUUGCUAAUUAAACAAACGAUGAUUUUAACUUGUUGGAUUUUUUUGGCACUGAUGUUGACGUGCUGAAGCUCUACAAACACAUCUUUAAAAGCUGUGUAAGGGAUAAUUUGCUAAUUCAUUUGCAAUGUGCCAUAACUCCCAGAGGUACAAUGGUAUUCGAAUAUAGUUUUGUACACAUAAAGAGAGAUAAAUUGAUAUCACCCUAAGGCACACAAGGAAAACUCAUUUGACGCUCUACAAAUAUAAUACAAAUGCUCUAGGUUCGUGGGUCAUAAAUAUCUGUCUGGUUUUCAGUACUGUAUAAAAAUCCACCAAAGACGGCAAUUAAAUAUCAUGAAUCGAGGUAGUAAAACUGCACCGAAAGUAUUUUUCCCAAUAUAGAAAAGUUAAGUUGCUGACAAUAUGAAAUUUAAUAUAAUACGCUCAAAAAUUUCUUACCAAAACAUUAUUUUCAUGACCACAGUACGAAGACUUCGAACUAACAGAUCUUGCAUGGUCAGGUCCACCUCUAACAAUAAAUGCGUGCGUUGUUUUGUUGUUCUCCAUUUUUAGUAAUGUUUCUUUAAUUAAGGUCAUAGGUGCUUUUAUUUAUUAUUUUAUCUGAAAGUUUAUAAAUGUUAAAUAGUCAAAUUUCAAGUGUACAUAUUUACAUGGCUUUGCAUUUAUUUUUAUAUAUUUUUUAAAUGUUAACAUUUGCAACGGUUUUAAGCAAACGUGUGACUGCAGUACAUUUGUUUGACUAAAAUGUAGCGUGUUUGAGUUUACAAACAUUUCAGGGAUGGUGGAUGAAACCAUAAUACUUUGUGUUGAGAUUUUGUUGUAUCCCAUUAUUGCAUAUGCAAGCAUGCCCAAACAUGAUUCGCCAUCGAGUUUUUUUCUGUUGUUUCACAAAAAAGAAUGUACAUCCUGUACAAGUAAUCUAUCAAUAAAAGUUAUAAAUAUUU